GGCAAAGGCGGCCAGGCAGAAGAGGAACAGCACAACUCACAACCCACACCACACCACACCUUCCGGCCACCACACCGCCACCCUCCCUUGCGUUGUUUUGUGUCACCAUGCCAAAGUCAGCGACGGUCGAGGUGAUCCACAUGCUGGGUCGUGACUCGUUUGAAAUUACUUCCAAGACCACAGGCCAUGACCUCUUUGUUCAGGUCAUGGAGAAGCUUGAAGCGCCCGCCAACUCCUUCUUCAACCUGCAGUACACAGACAACAAGGACUUUGAGGCCUUCAUCAAGCCCGAGAAGAAGGUGCUGUCGCAUGACUUGAAGAAGGUCAAGGAUGCGCCCCACCAGUUUGCCCUUCGCGCCCAGUUUUAUCCUGAGCUUGUGAACGAGGAGCUGAGUGACGAGCGCGUGCAAGAGCUCUUCUGGCUGCAGAUCAGGGAGUCGAUUGUCUCCGACACGUGCUACUGCCCGCCAGAGCUCUGUGUCCUCUUUGCCGCAGAGGCGAUGCAAGCGGACCACGGUGACCUUGACCGCGCCACGCACGCCGGGAUGAUUGACGCGGCCAAGUGCCUGCCCGAACGCGUUCUCCGACAGCACGAUUUGACACACGAGCAGUGGGCCGAGCGCAUUGCAAACGCCUGGGACACGCUGCGGGGCAUCUCCAGGCAACAGAUUAUCAUGGACUACUUGAACGUGGCGCAGGACCUUGAGCAAUACGGCGUCACCUACUUCGAGAUCCACAACAAGAAAGGCACGAAGCUGUGGCUGGGCGUGCACAACCUUGGCAUGGACAUCUACGAGUACAAGAACAAGGUCACGCCGCGUCUCGGGUUCCCCUGGACGGAGAUUGCAAACAUUUCCUUCAACGACAAGAAGUUCACCAUCAAGAUGGUCGGCGGAAAGGCCCCGGACUUCAAGUUCUACUCGCCGCGGUUCAAGGUCAACAAACGCAUCCUCGACCUGUGUGUCCGCAACCACCAGAUGUAUGUCGAGCGCAGGCGAAAGCAGCUGAUGGGCGAUGGUAUGGUUGAGGACCGCGCUGCCUUUGAGGCCAAGAUCAAGAAGACCCGUGAGCAGCUCUCGGCGAUUCGGCGAGACUUGGAGAGCGUGAAGGACAAGACACACGAGACAGCAGAGGACAGGUACUACGAGCAGCAGAAGGAGGCUGGCAUGGACAAGUACAAGACAAUGAAGAAGGCACAGUCAGGCGAUGCGCGGAGGCGUAUUGAAGAGUUUGAGAACCUCGAGGAUGAUGUGGAGUGCUGACGCAAGCCGCUUUCUGCUGUUGCCUGUUGCAUCACACGUCUUGCUUCACUUGACCUGUUCCCUUCAACCCCGCUCUCUUCUCUCACGCCACCACCGCCAACCAACCUUUCUGCCUCCAGCCUCUUCUUGUCUCUUGCUGUCCUCUGUUAGUUCACUGUUUGUCCACAAACACACACACACAUCUCUUCUUCUCUCCUUCUUCUUCAUCUCCUAUCAUGAUUUUUUGCCGCGUUGUUCGUGCUUGUUGUUCUUGUAACAUGAUGUGUGGCAAUGUGCUGUUCUGAGUACAACACGACAUGCGAGAUGAUGGACUGUACGCAAACACAAUGCACGCGU